GUCUUUAAGAAGGGACGAAACUUUCCGAAACAGUGAGCUCUCUCAGUCUCUCUGUCUCUUCUUCUCGUGCUCGCUUUGUUUCACCAGCUCUCUAACUGUUCUCUUUCCGUACGAGAUUUUUCUAGGGUUUGGAUUUCUUGGGUCGCUGUUUAAUUCUUCCUGAAAGUGGAGCAUUGAUUUCACCUGAGCUUCUUGAUCUGGGGUGGUGUCUCUCUGUUUUUUUUUUUUUUUAAUGCUUUUAAAGUCAUUUCGUCUCGACGAAGUAUUGGUGUUGAGUUGUGAGUUUCGAGCUUCAGGGAGCAUCAGAUGGAGCAGUGUAGCUUGUAGCAGCAAAAGGGGGUUACUUGCUACUGUAUGUGGUGCAUACAUUAGCAGCUCCUUUACAGUGCAUUAAGGCAACUGAAAAAGGUCCCAGAUAAAGUUAUGGCUAAGAUGAUGACAAAGAAUGAUAGGUUUGAAGGUUAUUACCCGAACACAUAUGGGCCUCCUGGUGAUUUAGAGGAUUCUGAUAGCUCUGGACGAAUUGAUACUGAGAUGACUGCUUCAGAGGAUUCAAGUGCCCCUGCAAGGAAAUCUAUUACUUUGAACACUGAUAACCGUGACACAUUUGGUGUCCCUGUACAAGCACUCUCCCUUUCAAACAUGUCAUCAUCUGAAAGGAAGGAUUUAACUCAUAAGUUACAAUUGGAAUUACAACGGAUAAGGAUGCUGCAGAAGAAAGUUGAGUAUCAAAGCAAAAAUGGGGUUAUGGUGUCAUCUUCCAGUGAUAUUCUUAGUUGCAGCAAUGGGCAAAAAGGCCCUUACAUGCAUAAUUUGAAGAAAUCUUCAAUGACAGCUUCUGGUCCAAGGAAGAAGGGCAACCCUGUAUGUUUGGGUGGAAAGGCACAUGGAUGGAACCGGGAUACUUCAGGAAGAUUUGAGUCUGCAAAACAGGCUUCUACUCCAAACACUGCAAAUAUGUUGUUGAUGAAGCAGUGUGAGAAUCUAUUGAAAAGAUUAAUGAGUCAUCAGCAUGGUUGGGUAUUCAAGCAUCCUGUUGAUGUUGUGAAGUUAAAUAUUCCAGAUUAUUUCACUGUUAUUAAGCAUCCAAUGGACUUUGGAACAAUCAAGAGCAAGAUAGCUUCAGGUGCAUAUGCAAGUCCCUUGGAAUUUCUUGCUGAUGUGAGGCUUACCUUCACCAAUGCAAUGACGUACAAUCCACCUGGAAAUGACGUACACAUCAUGGCUGAUGCUCUUAGCAAGUUUUUUGAAGUGAGGUGGAAAAAUAUUGAGAAGAAAAUACCCACAAAUGUUACUCAGUCAGGACAACCAAAAUCUGGAUCUACUGAAGUCAUGGAGAAGAUAUUGCCUCCAGCAAAGAAAAGGAAGAUGUCCUUCUUGAACCAUGAUACUUUAAUGAGGAAAAUGACAGAUGAGGAAAAACUCAGCCUAAAUGGGGACCUGGAGUCAUUGCUAGGGGAAAUGCCUGUACAUAUAAUUGAUUUCUUGAGGGAACAUAGUUCAAAUGGGGGUGAUUUAGGUGGGGAAGAGCUUGAGAUUGAUAUCAAUGAUCUAAGUGAUGAUACUUUGUUCAAGUUGAGAAAGCUUUUAGAUGACUAUUUGCUAGAGAAACAGAAGAACCAAUCAAGAGCUGAGCCUUGUGAAAUUGAGCUGUUGAAUGAAUCUGGACUAAGUAAUUCAUCAAUGCAGCAAGGCAAAGGAAAUGACUUGCAGGAUGAGGAUGUUGAUAUUGGAAAUGAGCCUCCUGUCUCAAGCUACCCUCCUGUAGAGAUAGAAAAGGAGGCAUGCCAUAGAAGCACUAAGUCUGUAAAUUUAGGCAGCCCUAGAGAUUCGGAUUCUAGCAACUCUGACGGGGAAUCUGAUGCGGCCAAACUUUCAAGUACAGUAGAUGCAACAAAGGGACAAGAAACUGUAGGUUCUGGAGCUCAAUUAGAUGAAAGGGAGUAUGUUGACAACCCUCUAGAUAGGAAACAGUCUUUUAGUGGAUUGGAUCAACUUGAACAAAAUUCUCAGCAAAAGCCAAGUUCUGUUGAGUCUGAUAGUUGUCAAGAUGGGGAAAGCACUCCGAGUGAGAGGCAGAUUUCUCCUGAGAAGCUAUAUAGGGCUGCUUAUUUGAAGACCCGAUUUGCUGAUACCAUCUUAAAAGCUCGAGAAAAGACGCUAACACAGGUUGACAGGGGGGAUCGACGGAAGAUGGAGGAGCUUGAACUGCAGAAAAAGAAAGAUAAGGAGCGUAUGCAAGCUGAAGCAAAAGCUGUUUUAGAGGCUCGGAAACGUGCUGAGGCAGCAGAAGCUAGACGGAAGAUGGAGCUUGAAAGAGAAAAGCAAAGGCAGGAACUGCUGCAGAUGGAAAAGACGGUUGAAAUCAAUGAGAAUUCCAGGUUUCUUGAGGACUUAGAACUGCUUAGAUCUGGUCCUGCUGAGCAGUUACCAAGCUCAGUGGAUGAGACCAGCCCUGAUCAUUUGCUGGAUGCCUUGGGUAGUUUUAAGUUUGGAAGCAGUAAUCCAUUAGAGCAGUUAGGUUUGUACAUGAAAGAGGAUGAAGAGGAGGAAGAAGGCGAGCCACCCAUUGUUCCGAAACCUGCGAAUGAAGUGGAGGAAGGAGAAAUAGAUUGAACUCUGCUGCUGGUGGUUCAUCUACAAACACAAAAUCAACAAGCAAGAACAAAUCCACCUUGAUACAUAAAAACUCUUGCAUGGGUCCUUCAAUUCUAAAAGGGCCGCAAGAAGAGCACCUUCUUCUGGUUUUAACGACUUGGUAUUAUCAAAAGAGAUAGCCCCUAAGAAAGGAGAAAGCGCAAGCAUCUCUUCUGGGUUACAUUAAGCCCUUCCAUUAACAAAGAAGCAGGGUAUUAUUGCAUGGAGGGCUAGGUUGUGGCGCUGUACAUGGGUUUGGUUAAUGUUGCUAGAUGGGAGUUUAAAGAAUGGAACUCAGCUGAUGAAAAUGAUAACUUCAUCAUCCAUGUGCUACCAUUCUUUUAUUAUCAUUAUUAUUAUAAUAAUAUUUUAAUAACAAUACGUUCUUAAAUAAAUUAAAAAAAAUACUGCCAUACCUUAUUAGCCGUUAGAUUUUUUUUUCUCAUUUUUAUCUUUUGUUAAAUCUAAUUUGAGAAAAGGAAGUGGGUGUUAUCCAUCAUAUGGUUAUCUAUAAUGGGAGUAGGAUUUUUUUAUUUUUUGGAUUUGGGAAAUGAUUUUUGUAUAA